UAACAUGGCAUAACAGAACACACCAUAACAUCAUCAACAUUCUCUCUCUCUCUCUCUUUCUCUCUCUCAUUUCUUUGAUCUCUCAACUUUCAAGUUCAAUGGCUGGUGACAUGCACCAACCACAAUCCUCUCUUGGCAGAACCUUCCCUCCUAAUUCAGAAGAUUUCUCAACCUUCUUCAACCAACUCCUCCACAACCCUCCCACACCAGGAAUGGACCCUAAUCAUUCUGCUUCUGAUUUCACCCCAAACAACCUCAACAACAACAACCCUGUUCCUUCCUCUCCCUCAACUUUUCAUUUCUCUCACCCCCAUCACUACAUCCCUGCAACUGAUGCCAACACCUUCAAACAACACAACAAUAAUCACAACCCUGAUUUCACUUCUUCUUCUGAGAAGAGUGUGGAGGCAACGAAACCUGUCCCACCACCACGUUCUUCGUCAAAGAGGAGUAGAGCUGCAGAGUUCCAUAAUUUGUCUGAAAAGAGAAGAAGGAGUAGGAUUAACGAGAAAAUGAAAGCCUUGCAGAAUUUAAUUCCGAAUUCUAACAAGACAGACAAAGCUUCAAUGCUAGAUGAGGCCAUAGAAUAUUUAAAGCAGCUUCAGCUUCAAGUGCAAAUGUUAAUGACGAGAAAUGGUUUGAGCUUGCAUCCAAUGUCUUUGCCAGGAGAACUAAGACCUGUGAUAAUGCCUCAGACUGGGUUGAACCUUGAUGAGAGUGAUGGACUUCAGAAUUCUACUAGUGCAAUUGCAUCAUCUUCAAAUGAAGAAAGCUUGGUUCGGCAUGCUUUUAGUUUUCCAAAGCAAUGCAGCAUCUCAGAUCAGUCCCAUGUUGUGCCCUCAGUGACAAGUUUAGCCACCUCCAAUGCCCCAACCACUUUUCAUCCUUCUAUUAAGGAUACACUCUACAACAACAUGCCCCAAUUGUUUAUGGAUGCACCAAAGAUUGGAAAGGACCCUUCUUCAGACUUGUCUUGAUCAGUUCUAGGGAUAAAUGGAUUUAUUUUAGAGAUGCCAAGUCACCUUGUAAAAGGGUAGCUUUGUUCAGGAAUUAUAAUCUACAUUUAAAUCUUCUGACUGCAAACACUCCAUUGGGUUGAUCGUGGUGCUAUUGGUAACCAUUUGACAGAAUCUUUGUGCCCUCGUCGACACUUCCAUAAAGAUGUACAAGUAUAUUAUAACUUCAUCAGGCAAAAUGAAGCAAAUGAACAUUAUUAGACAUUGCAACCUGUGAUGUUUUUGGAUCUGUUAUAUUCUUGGAUUAUUGGAUACAUAUCGAUCUACACUAUGCUAGAACAGAGAAAACAUUAUUAGUAUUUAUGCCAGUAAUAUCAGUUUAUGUUUUUCAGUG